UGACACAAAGACAAGAGUCCAGAGCUAGUGGAGAUGUAGAACGGAGUUUAGUUUAGUUUGUUGAUGCGAAGUUAGAAGAUGAAGAAGAAAUGGUGUAAACCCAAAUGGGUUUCUCUUCUGUUCCUCUGUUUCUCACUAUCUCUGCAAUUUACUACUGUUUCUCCUCAGUCUCUGCCAACAGAUCAGAACUAUGAGGAAUUUGCAACCACAAGGACUUUUAGGGGGGAGGCAUCGGAUAUGCCCGAGGUACAUUGUUCGAGAGAAAGGAGUAAGGCAGCAUGGAAAGUAAUUGAGGAGUAUUUAAUGCCCUAUGUAGAGAAAGAGCGGUAUCAGAUUCCGAGAACGUGUAGGUUGCACCCUGAUAAUGAUCUGUACAGAGAUCAGGAACAGCACAAAAUCCGUAUAGAUAUAUAUGAAUGGCAGUGUGGAUACUGUAAGAAGAGAUUUUACGAGGAGAAGUUUCUUGACAAGCAUUUUGACAACAGGCAUCUCAAUUUGCUGAAUGUGAGUCAUAGUAGGUGCUUAGCAGAUGUCUGUGGUGCGUUGCACUGUGAUGUUGCAAUGGGUGCUGCUCCACACAAGACCAAGUGCAAUCCUGCUGCUGCUGCACGGAAUAAACAUCUGUGUGAGGGUCUAGCGGAUAGUUGUUUUCCAGUCAAUCAGGGUCCUUCAGCAAACCGUCUACAUGAAUUCUUCUUACGCCAGUUCUGUGAUGCCCUCACUUGCACUGGACGCCAGAAACCAUUCUCUCAAGGACGCAAGAAGAAGAGGAUGAGUAUAUCUUACAUUGUUAUUUCCGUUCUGACUUUGAUGCUGCUGCUCCUUUACUAUACUUAUCUUUACAUCUACAGAAGCGGAAUUAAAAGGGGAACUCAAGAACUGAAACGAGUCUCACUUACGCAAAGUGGAAGGAAGAAAAAGCCCUCUUAGUUGUUACAGUUCUUCAUUAAAAGGAGUCUGCAUUCUAUCGCAGUGACCAGCAAAUGCCGUGUUGUUCCAUAAUUUUUUUGUAUUUUGAGCAUUCACUGUUAAUUCAUUGUAGAUUUAGAGGAAUCACAAAUUUGUUAAUGAGAAUGACUGAAAGUUGUUAGUUGAUCAGAGAACCUCUUUGUAAACUUAAAGCAUUCAGACAUGCAAUUGAUGAUACCAUACCGUCCUUU